AUGGGCAGCGAGAAUCUCGGCUCGCCUGCGCUGAGCCCUGCAGGGGAGGAGGUCGCCUUCCGCCCCUCGAGUGAGGCAGUAGGCGACUGUCCUCGCGCCACCGAGCAAAGAGAAGAUGCUGCCGACGCUUUCGAGUCGCCAGCAGAGGACGCAGAGCGUGACGAAGAGGGGACUCCAGGCACCGAGCUGUCGAUCGAGGAGAGGCACGCCCUCCUCGCUGUCCUCCGCAAGCUGCUGCAGCUUCUUCAAACGCGGGGUGAGGCGUCGGCGUCUGCCCCAUGCAAAGGCCUAGCGGAGGAGUCUAGCGCCUCUGAAGAAGCGGAAGCCGCUCAGGAGGGCGCUUCCGCUGCGGCUCACGAUGAUGAAGACGAGUGCCACGGCAACGCCCUCGAGGCCGAACUCUGCUUGUUGUGGGAUAGCGCAGCGGACCUCUCGCGCGCGGCCUUCCUCUAUUCGCACAACUGUCCUGCGCUCCUUCUCCUUCUCGUUCGGCGUGUCGUGCUUCCGCGUCUGCGCUGGCGCGCCGAAGGAGACGCCGAGCCAGAUCCCACCCCCGAGGCUGUCUCUCUUCAGCGACACGCGUCUCCGCUCUCUUCCCCCCCUCUCCUUGCGCCGACUGGGAAGGCGCGGGAGAAUCUCCUUCGCGCCGCGGGCAGUCGGGCCGGAAGCGGAGGAGACUAUGGCGCCUCUGCGGCGCUCCCGUUUCUCUGUCGAGAGGCCUGCGAAGCUUUGGUUUCUCUGAUUCUUCUCUCAGGCGACGCUCGCACUCUGAAAGAGGCUUUUCGGGCGCUGACCGCGAUUCUCUUCAACCUGUCGCAGCUCUCAGGCGCCGCCCUCGCCGUACUCCUCGCGCUUCCAGUCGAGAAUCCAGCUCGUGAAAAGGAACGCCCUGCCAGGGCUUCGCACCACGGUGCAUCCCCUGCCUCUUGUGGAGCGUCCUCAGACGCGGGUUCUUCUGCGGAGGCCGCAGACGCAGGAGCGGCAGGGGACGGGCAACGCGGCGGCGCGCCCGACACGCCACGCGGGGGGAGCAUGCCGGGGGGGCAAGCAGGAGCGACGGAGGAGGAAGGUGACGAAGAAGACGACAUCGCCGACAGUUUGAUUGACAAGUGUCUGUUUAUCCUCCGCCAUUCACUCAGCCCCGAACUCAUGGGGGCCGUGGCGGCCUUCCUGGCUCAGUUUUUGGUCAUCGUUGAGGCGUCUCCUUUCGCCUCGGGGUCUUCUUCCGGCGCGGGCUUCGCGGCCUCUUCGUCUGCUUCUCCGUCCUCGGCACCCCCGGUCCUAUCCUCGCUUCUUUUCCCGGCGUUCACGUCGUUUCUGCGAGUGCUCCGCGCGAGACAGCCGCCCCUCUUGGCGCUUCCUGCCUCCGUCUUGGCUCUCGAGGAGGCGGGGGAGGGCCUUCAGGCCGACGACUGUUUCCUUCACCUCCUCCUGCAGAAGUGUGCGGAGCUGCUGAGGCUCCAGCGGCCGCUACUCGGGCGGCGCGCCGUUCCGCUGCUCCAGGCCGCGGCUGCAGACCCGCCGCGCGCAGAGACGUCGCGCGCGACUUCCCGCAGAGAUCGCGAAGCAUCUGCGCCUCUCGAGGCUGCUCGGGAGACGCUGUCCGCAUCUACGCGCGACGUCAUCUGCCGCGAACUCUUCAGCUGCGGGCUGCGCGACGACCCCGAGGAAGAAGAGCUUCUCGAGCACGAGGCCGCGGCUGCGCUGCAGAAUCUCCUGCUUUUGCUGGACGCCUGCGUCGUCCUCCUCUACGAGGGCGGCCUGCCUCCGCCCGAGGGUCGCCGCGCGAAGGGACGCGCCUCUUCUCAGGGCGCAGCGGGCGACUUUCCGGCGUGUCUCUUCCAGGUGGCAGGUUUCACGCUGCUCAGCUCGACUGAGGACGCUGCGCUGAUCCGCGCCGCCCUUCUGCUGCUGCUGCGAAUUGCCGUCGACGGCGAGAGAGCCGAGCAGCAGAGACUCGCGACCGCCAAGGCGAUGCAGACUGAAGGCGGGGAAGGGCCUCCGAAAGAGGCAGAUAUGGCGGAGGGACGCGUCGUCGCAGACGGCGCGCGCGGCGGCCUGGCAGCGGCUGCAGAGCCUGCGCGCGACGGCGUUGAAGCGAGUGGAGAGGGACGCACGAAAAGGGAGGAAGAACUCGAGGGGGGCGGGAGGCCGCAGGGCAGGGAUCUGGGCGCGGCGCUCGACUCGAGAGGGCGGGCGCACAGUCGGUCUUCAAGGAGUGACGCUGCGCAGCCAAGCGCGGGCAGUGAAGAAUUCAGCUUGCGCCGGCAGAUUGAGGUGUAUCUACAGCUCAUGUUGAGGACUCGAAAAGGUGAAGAUGUGGUAGAAAAGCUUGUCCUGCUGCGAGAAGAAGAGGACGUGCACGAGGACGCCGACACACUCCUCGGCAUCCUCUUUGUCGCGCAGUUCGCGCCCAAGACGCUCUUGAAUGAAGCAAAAUCCGAGCUGCUGGAAAUCGCGCACGCCCACGUGGCGGCCAAGGGGGCCUCUGGCGUCCGUAUACGACACGGAAGUCACGCGCAGCCAGAGGAACCAUUAGAGGGAGACGCGGAGCAGGACGACGACGCGCGAGAAGGCUACUCAAUGCACGAAGUCCUCGAGGCCUCUUUCCUCCAUUUUCUCCUGGGAGCCUGUGAGAAGUGCUCUUGA